GUUAAUUUGUUGUCGUAAAUAUUCAAGUGACUUGUUGUACCUUAUUUGGCUGUCGCAUUUUAUUUCGCCGUAUACCCUUUAUUUUAAAUUUUUUUCUUUUAUUUCUUGAAAUCCCUAAAGUAUUUUGAUCAAGUUUCGGAUGCCCAAAUUUUGAGUUUUUUUUUAUCGAAUUGAAGGUGGUUUUGUUCUUUUCGUCAAUCAAUUUUCCUACUCAAUACUCUAUCACUAUGUAUAGCUCUGAUGCUCUGCCCGUAAAUUGGAUUUGGAACUUUGUUAUGUUUGUUUUUUCGAAAGUAACUAACUCUUAGCAAGAUAAAGUAAGAGAUGGCACAUCUUUCUAUAAUAUAAGAUAAGACUAUCAUAUCUUGUUCUUAUUAGAUUUUGAACUUGUACAUUGCAUUAAACGUUACACUCGCAUUUUGGCACGCAACCUCAGCUUAGAUUUUUUAUUAUUCUUCUUAUAACUUUUUUCCCCCGCUGCGGGUAAACUUUCGUCCAGUAUAUUUAUCGCUAUUUGUUCUUUCAGAUUUUUAUACCCCCCCAUAGUAUAUCAUUUUUAAUGGAUUUCGAAAAGGAAAAAGAUCUAAAUCGGCGCCUGGUUUCACCACCGCAUUGCGUCGAUUUAGAUGAAGUCCACAAUCCCAAUUGCCAAAAACAACCGUCGAGUUGUAGAUGCUGUGAAGAAACCGCAUGGAUUUGGGCAAGUUCACCCGCACCAGUCGAAUCUAUCCGUUGGGGUAUGUGGCUCUUGUUUGUGGAAAAGAAAAAUGUCGACAAAAUUUGGAAUGAAAUAAUAGCUCUUCUUUCGAAAAAUCAACUGGGUAACGUGGCCAAAGUCUCCACUGCUGAUAAAAGAACGGGAACGCAUUUCAUUUGCGUGUACACUUAUGACUUCAGUGACGUCCCUGACGUUUUCCGAGUGCUGGUGACAUUGAGGCGCAUGAAUCACAUUGAAAAUGAUUUCUUGGAUUACGUAACCGAAGUAAAUGGUGUGGAAGAAGACGUCAACGGAGCAGACUUUGAGAGAAGGAUGGAACCAUGUGAAAAAAUCGUUGUUAGGAUGUAUACUUCGCCAUCUGUGACUUACUAUCGGGGAGUUGAAUGCAUUCAAAUGGCUUUGCGUAAAAUUAGGCCUGAAUCCAAAUUUGGUCUGGUGGCGAAAUUAAUUCAAGAUUUCAUGAUCCACAGUAAAGGCAAUAUCGAGUUCUACAAUCCGCCAAAAAUUCAUCUGCCCUUUUCAACCAAGACAAGUCCAUGCACAUACGAUGAACUCGUCGAUUACGAAGAUACAAUGCACGAACUUAAUUGUGAUAAGCAGCCUUCCACUUGUUAUUGUGAAAAAAUUUCUUUUAUUUGGGCCCAUCAACCUAUAUGUGUUGAUUCUCAUGUUGGUAACUGGCUGCUAUUCCCUGACAAGAAAAAUGUCGACGAGAUUUGGGAGAAAGUCAAGAAUCUUACUGCGGCCAAUCACCUGGGCAUUGGUGCAAAAGUGUCAAAUGCUGGACUGAUGACUGAUGACAAUGAGCAUGUUAUCCAUGUUUUUGUACACGAAUCGAAAGGUAUUCAAGAAUUUUUCCGAGUGCUUGUGACAUUGCGACGGAUGAAAAUCCUCGAAAAUGAUUUUUUGAAAUACGUAACUAAAGUAAAUGAUGUUGAAGAAGCCACCAAUGGAGCGAGUAAAGGAACGAUUGUUAGAAUGCGCUAUGGUUCGCCACCUAUGCGCAAAGAUCAGACAAUUGAAUCCAUUCGAAUGUAUUUGCUUAAUUUGGGCCCAGAGUCCAAUGUUGGAUUGGUAGCGGAAUUAACAAACAAUUCCACAGAGUGCAGUGAAGAUGUAAUCAAUUUCUACAAUCCACCCAAAAAUGAUCUGCCCUUUUCAACCCAAACACGUCCAUGCAAAUACGACGAACUCGUCGAUUUCGAAAAUGAUUUCCACCAACCACUUUGUGAAAGGCAGCCUUCAACUUGUGAUUGUGACUUUGUAUCUGGCAUUUGGGCCCAUCAACCUAUAAGCAUUGAUUCUAUUCAUGGUGGCAAAUGGAUGCUGUAUCCUGAAAAGGAAAAUGUCGACGAGAUUUGGGAGAAAGUCAAAAUUCUUACUGCGGCCAAUCGGCUGGGCAUUGGCGCAAAAGUACAGGAUGGUGACUACUGGGACGACCAUGUAAUUUGCGUUUACGUGCAUGAUUCGACAGACGUCCAAGAUGUUUUUCGAGUGCUUGUGACAUUGCGACGAAACUGCCUUCAGAAUACUUUUAUUAACUACAAGACGGAUAACGCAACAUUGCAAAAGAUCUACAAAAUCAAUGACUCAGAUCAAAGUACCGAAUCUGAUUCGGCCAAGAAUUUUGAGGAUGUUUUUUUGUAUUUUUCGCCCCCCAGCCUAAGCAAUAGCGAAAUUACAGACGAAAAAGAAAUAAUCCAACUUUUUAAAAAUAAUAUCGAUCCUGGAUUUAAAAGAGGUCUUGUUACUCUUGUAGCAGAACUGGAAAAAGAACCUCACGACUUGGAAGCCAAAAUAAGUUUCUAUGAUCCACCUCGAAUACUACAUCCUUUUGACCGUAGUUUAGGCUUUGUCCCAAAAAACCAGUAAGUUUUCGAUGUGAAAGGAUGUGACAUGAUUGGCUGUGUUACGAAACCAAGGAAUCAUUAAUCAUGCGAGGGAUAUAGGCCUAGCUUUUUCUUCGUCGUCAUCAUGGUCAUCAUUUGCAUAGAACACUAUAUUAUAGUAUCUAACAUGCACACUUAAAAUCCAUUACUUGUAGUUCAGUAGUUGUAGCUUACCACAGCAGUCUCGUCCUGUGUUAUUAUAACUGGGUUAGUGGGUUGUUAGUAUUUUAUUCUUUUCACACACUUGAAAAAAUAAGGGUUAAUCAGUUGUUUCUUGAAAAAUAAAGGUUUUAUUGGCAGAACAUUGCAAAGAUGACAAAUCCACUUGUUUUGUUUUGUUUAUUUUUUCUUUCAUCCGUUACUUUUUAGUUGUUACCCACAGAUAAAGACCACUUGUGGUGUCUUAUCUGUUUUUAUCUGAGGUUGUUAAUCGUUAUCGUUGUCUUUAUCUGUACUUUUUUCCCUUAUUUAUUUAUUACGGAUGAAAAGUCCGUGUAAAUCUAUAUCUGUGAAUCUGGCAGGUAUGCCUCCAUCAUUUUCAAAUUUCAACAAAUGAGUCAGUCUCUGUAGUCUGCUGGCUUCGUGCUGUUGCUUGUUGCUCUGCCGAGUGUGUUGACCGUCAACACGUGUAGAAAUUACUGGAAAUAAAAAAAUAAAUAGUUCAAACAGAAAGUUAAUUUUGACUUCUAUUGCACAUUACACAUCUUGUGCUCACUUACACAUUCAAUUAUCGGGAAGAAUCUUAACUACAUAAGUUAGAUGGGAUUUGUGUGCUGUCUUCAAUAUUGAUGUUUUUUCUUCAAUAGUGUGAUAUCACAAAAGGAGACAUGACUUCUCUUGUCGAAGAUGUUGCCCGAAUUCGUCAAGUUCUAGAAGCGAACUCUGUCUCCAACGAAGACGUUGACGAAGAUGUAUUGAUCUCUUUACUAGAUAUGCACGCAUCAGACAAACAACGUGUUGAUCUGGUUUUAUUGGAAUUGCAAAAUUUGCUCGGGAAAGAUUUGAUUGUUGGACAUCUAGGCGAAGCACAACGAGAAAGAUGGAAAGAACUGCAAGCCCCUAUCGAUACCCAAGAUGAAGUUUUGAUUGUUAACGAGAUCUCUCAGCAGGCUAGAAUUCCGGACGUGAUCGAAGUGAUCGAUCUUAACGAGCCAUCAACUUCUGUACAAUCUACUGUCUACUCUGCGCAAUUGUCUUCAAGUAAACGGAAACUAUCCAGCGAUUCCACAGAAAGCAACGUUCCAAAGAAACAAGCAUCGGCAACAAAUCUUAUUGACAGAGAAGCGAAAAAUCACAAGUCUGAUUGUGACAUGCAACCAUCUCGUUGUCGUUGUCCUUUCGUCUCAUGGAUUUGGGCUCAAUUACCCGACGCGGUCAAAUCUGUUCGUAGUGGUAAAUGGAUGCUCUUCAUCAGCAAGCAAUACGUUGAUCAAACUUGGGAAAAAGUCAAGAAUCUUCUUGCGAGCAAUCAACUUGGCAAUGGAGCAAAAGUCGCCAACGGAGAAGCAAAAACCUAUUUGAUUUGUUUGUACACUUACGAUUUUGAAGAUGUCCGAGAUGUUUUUCGAGUGCUAGUCGCAUUGAAACGUAACCGCUUAGCAGGUGGGCACCUGAACUACAAGACGGACGAUGCGACGUAUCAAGGAUUGUACACAACUGACCAGGCGGCCAAGGCUGCAGGCUUUCAAUCGGCUAAGAAGAAUCACCCUAAUGAAAAAGUGUCGAUGUACACGUCUCCGCCCCCACUAACUAACAAUCCGGGAGGGGACAAAGAUUUCGUUCAACUCUUCUUGAAUAAUAUUGGACCUGAUUGCAGAAAGGGGCUUGUAGCGGAAUUGCGGAAAAAUAGUGAUGACGCUGAGUCGAAGGAAAUCUUUUACCAUCCACCCCAAUUAGUGCCUACCUCUCUUACCAAGCGCAGUAGCAAGAAGUCCACUAGUAAAUAAUUAAUGCGGCUCUUGAUUUACGAAAAUAGUCUGAUAUUUUUCAAAACUUAAAUUUGUAGUUUGUUUAGAUAAUAACACGUUCUCAACAUUUUUAAUCUAGAAUAAACCCUUUCGUUUAAAAUUUG